CGAAUCUUCAAGCGCCCUCGUCAGGUGAAGCACUUGCAACGAUGUACAGGCCUUGCCUGCUAGCUGCGACCAGAAGACGGUCUAGAGGGACCACUCGCUUCCUCUCAACCCCCGAUCCCACCCACGCCCGAUCCAUCCUUGGCGGCUUACUCCGACCCACUUGCGCGAAUGUUUCGACGUAUGCCAACAAACCACCUCCAGGGACGAAUAUCAAAAGGGCCAGCGUAGGCCGGCACGAACGCCGGGGACCACCGAAGGAACGGCCUUCGAAGUUGCAGGAAGACAAGGACCAUGAUCGCAAACCUUCUCGCGGCAGCUAUGCGGCCAGGGAUGAAGGGCGAGAUAAAACACGCAGCGCCCCGUCGUCGCGAGGGCAGAAGGACGAGAAUGAGUUUCGAGCAUCUCCUCGUGGCAAUUCUGAGGGUGGGAACAAGCACAGCGGGCCAUCCUCAAAGUGGAGGGUAGACGAGGGUGGCUUCUAUGACUCCCUCCACGGCGAAUCUGCGGAGAUGAAUAAUCGCCGCGCACCGCCGUCGAGGGGGAAUGAUGUUCGGGAAUCUCCUGGCGGCGGAUACGAAAAAAACGCAGCGCGAGGAGGAUCGCGCAGCGCGCCGUCGUCAAGGUGGCAGGGAGAAGACAAUGACAUGCGGGCUGGCAAGUCGGCAGAGAGGAAUGUAGGGCGAAACGGACUCCGCAGCGGUCCUCAGUCAAGGAGACAAGAAGACGAGGAUGACAGCCGAAUGCCGUCCAAGCCGCGGAAUGAUCGGAGCACCAAAGAGGACCGGAUCGACCGGAAUUUAACUCGGGGUACGGCUGACUAUGGGCGUUCGAGUGGGGAGGCCUCGAAGAGGAAAGACUUGGAGGAGGAGGAUGCGGGCAACCCCUUUGCUGAAUGCACUUCGUACAGCUCGGGUACGGGCGAUACGACCAUACAAUCCCGGAACGCAGACCGGAAUAGGACCGGAGUCGCCGGAGCUAGCGGCGGCGACUCAUAUGACGAACCCUCGUGCUUGGACCAGAACCCGGAGGAAGGCGAUGAACCUCACUUGGAAAGACGAAAAUGGAUCAAAAAGCCAAAGAUCAAACCAAAAAGCGUCUUUGAGGACACCCCAGUCGAAGUGAUCUGGCAGGAGCCCGACGAGGACGGCAACCGACGUUGGCGCCCGGCUUCCAAGAAGGGAAUCGUGCCGAUCACUGAAGGAUACAAGAUCAACGUGCCGAUGUAUGAUUCCGAGGGCAAUCCUAGCCAGGAAAAGCGGAUCAUCCUAGAUGUUCUGUUCUCUACCUGGGGACCCGUCCUUCAAAAGUGGCUAAUGGAUGAAGCAUACAAUGCGCCACUCAUUGGCCUUUCCGGCAUGCAGAGACCGCAUUACACCCCGGGCACCAAGAACUUGAACCCGAUUCAUGCACUCACGAUCGCAACGCCGCAGAAUAAGGUUUUGGUUGUCAUGCCUGGACGCAUGACGCGAGCGCAUUGGCGUAAAUUCAAUCCGAUCUUGUUCAACAAGAUUCUGAAGAACGAGAACGUGAAGAAGAUAGGAGUAGACAUCAACGAUAUGCUUGAUCGGCUGCAGGUUGACUGGAAACAAGCCUUCAAUUCGCGCAACUACUGUGGGAUAUACGACGUGGCUCAAGUGUUGCGGAUGGACACGGAAUUUUAUGACCAUCCACCUCCGAAAAGGUUGAAAGCACGAAAGCAUACCGUCAGCUAUUUGGCAGAGAUGAAGGAGCGGCAAAUCAAAGAACCUCUACCGGAUAUGCCGCCUCUUGGGAAGGGUGUACCAAUCGUGGAUCCGAAGACGCGCAUGCUAGCGGAGCGAUAUAUCAACAUCGAUCUGCAGCAAGCACAAGCCGACGCUAAAUGGACUGGGAAUCCGUUGCAAGAACCCUGGGUUGGAUUCACGGCCAUCAACGCAUGGCUUCCUAUUGCAUUAUGGGAAGCUGGGCAGGAGAGUAUGGCGCCGCCAACAUUCCUCAACGCCGUCGAGCAGCAAAAGAUAUCGAAAACACGGCCGGCCAAGGGCGAAUUCACUCUGAAAGUGCAGUUGGCCAUGAAGCAACUCGAACAAAAGCUCGCUGUGCAAAAACAGCUGAAGGAAGCGGGCGAAGAAGUGCCGUUCGAAGAGAUGUCUCCCGACGAACAACGGGCAUGCUUCCUCAAGCGACGAGCCAAUGCGGACCAGUUGGAGCAGAAAAGUGCGCUCAGGUUCCCGAACCCUAUCCCUAGGCAUCUGACUCCAGUUGGCGUAGCGGAUCUGAAGAAACAGGCGAAGAAAGAGGCGGAAGCCCAAGCGGUUGCUGAUGGGGACGUGACUGGCACCGAAGCUGAGGAUGUGGAUGAAAUUGUUGAGGAUGAGAUCGAGGAGGACAGAUACGACUACGUUGACGCACCCCUCCCUACCGUCGAAGUCGAAAAUCGGUCACAGCAGGAGAAGCAGUACUCAAAGUUCAUCUUGGAUUCGGGUGAGGAAGACCUCUCCGAGGACUUCGACCAGAUACCCCACGAUAAGUUGGACGAUGAGUACGACCGCGUCGCAGACAGAUUCGAUUACGAUGACUUGCCACCGCUGGAGCCCCGUGACCCUCGUGACUACGUGACGGAUUCCGACUUUUUUGAAGACACGUUGCGGGAAACGCAGGACGCACUUGAAGGCCGGUUUAAGGAGAGAGAGGAGCAGUAUAAGAAGCGGAAGCAGAAGGGGGAAUCGGCUGAAUCUUCGAGAGGCCAGAAAUGAUCGUAUAAGAAAUGUUUGGCACAAAAUCUCAACCAGCCCGCACUUUCGCAUCUUUCCUACAUGGCAGUCCGCCUCGCCGUGCUGAGUUGAGUGGCGGGGGGUUGAAAGAAGGCUGCUUUUCAUGAUUUAUCUAGGGCGUAUUGCCAGUUUCUGUCACGAUCGUUAGUCAACAUAGGCUGCAAUUUCCGGGCCUAACGAUGG